UAACCAAGUGUUACAUAUAUGUAACGCAAAAUUCACUGAUAAAUCUAUUUUAUUCCUCAAAAACUGUGGCUAUUGGCAAAUAGAUGUCUCUGUUUACACUAUUUGUGUAGUCCACUGAAACAUAAUUCUGACAAGUUUUGUCAUUUUUGCGCGUAUUGUUCAUGCAGCAAGGUUAUAUAUCGGGUAGUGUUUUCAAUUAGUGAAGAAAAUGGAGCCGCGUCUUGAGCGUGGGUUUACGCUUCAAGAAGCCCUGGAAAUGGCAUAUGCCGAUGAUAUUGAUAUAGCUGCGAUUUAUACGGAGCCCCCUGAAGUAAGUGUGCUUACAGAUGAGGAUUCUGGUGACGAUGAUAGGGAUGGGGAUCUGGAUAGGCUAACGGGGCGUCAGCUUCGUGCACCAGUCGAAAUUCAACAGCAGAAUAAUCUGCGGAUAAAUAGUGAAACAAUAGAACAGAAUACAAAUUCUAAUGCAGACAGAACAGAACCUCUUUCUAAAGAAAAACAAAUGAAAUUUUCAUGGUUAUCCGGCGAUCUUCAGAGUAGAGGUACGGAAUUUCAUCCUCCAGAUUAUUCUGAAUUUUCCAAAAGUACACCUAUUGAAAUGUUUGAAAUAUUUUGGGGUGAUGAUGUU